AUGGCCUCUCUCCCAACUCGCCCUCCCCCUCCCCCGCCCAUUUCUAUCUCCGUCUCCCCAGCUUUUCCAGGUACUCCAAAGAGAGAGGUCUCGCCCAUAUCAACAAGAAGAAGCGAGGACGACGUUGAUGAAUGGGAUGCCUACGAUGAUCCCCAAGACGCCCUCCUGAACGAGGCCGCAACGCUAUCAAGAACCGAUAGUCCCCCCCGCUUUCCCAAUUUCUCCUCGGCAAACAUUUCCACACCAGAGACGCGCAUGGUCGUUGCCCUCGACUACGGAACAACCUUUAGCGGGAUUGCCUACCUCUCUGUCGCUUCGAGGCAAAAGGACCAGAACCUUGAUGCUCUUGCCGAUGACAUACGGGUGCUCCAAGGAUGGCCAACACAUGAAUCGGAGAAAGUCCCUUCGGAGAUUUCGUACUCCCCUUCGCCCAAGGGGUGCCGGCAAUGGGGGUACGACAUCGAUGACAACUCCAGAGUACUCAAAUGGACCAAGCUGGAGCUGGAAGAGACACGGAGUCGAAGUGCUGAGUUAAGAACAUUGGCUGAGACGCUCUGGGGUAUGCGGUUGCUUGACUUGAGCGAAGAUGCUGUCAUCAGAAAUGAUAUUCCACGGCACCUGGCCAAGGAGCCGGAGGAUAUUGUCAAGGAUUAUCUGGACAAUAUUGCCGAGCAGACUCUGGAGGAGAUUUGCACCCAAGUUGGAAGAAGGGUUGCUGACAAUAUCCCUAUCGACAUGGUCAUUACACAUCCUGCUAAAUGGUCCGACAAAGCCCUAAACUCAACAUAUCGCGCCGUCCGCGCCGCCUUCAAGGCCGAUCUCUUCCCCAAAAUCCGCAACUUUUCCUUCGUUUCCGAACCCGAAGCCUGCGCCCACUAUACCCUACGAGAAGCACUGCGCGAGGAUCGUGUAAACUUUCGCAAGAAUGACUGCUUCAUCGUCGUCGAUGCCGGUGGUGGCACUGUUGACUUGGCCUCCUAUAAAGUUGUAAGCCUCGAUCUCGACCAGAAGCAGUUCAAGCUUGAACAAAUCGGCUACCCGAUAGGCGACAACUGCGGAGCUACAUGUAUUGAUCGAGCUUUUGAGCAAUUCAUCGAACAAAAGCUGGGCCCGGAAGACUGGGAGAAGCUGAUUGAAACUGAUGCACAAGACCAAGCGACGGGAGGACACUCCAUCAUCAAGCCAAAGCUGCGCAUGCUACAUGGGAGAUUUGAGGGAAUCAAGCAUCAGUUCGAUGGCAAGGAUCAGAAGCUCGGGUUUCCCAUUCAGUUGCCCCGAGGAAUCGGUACAACAGAUGAUGAAGAGCGGGGAAUCAUGAAUGGUGCGAUCAAGAUCACUGUUGACGACCUGAAAACCAUGUUCAAACACUCCGUCGACAAGACUCUCGUUCUCAUCAGUCAAGCAGCCACUCACAUUCAAGUCAUCCAAAAGCUCAAAAUCCGCAAGAUUUUUCUUUCCGGGGGCUUCGGCCGCUCCCCCUACCUCUACGAGCGCGUCAAAGCCUGGGGUAUGACCAGCAGUAUUCAGGUCGACCGCGGCGAUGACUGCUGGUCCGCCGUCACGCGAGGCGCUAUCAUCAAAUCCCUUGGGGUUCACACCUCGCUGCCCCCAAUUAUCCGUCCCUGUCCGCGGCACUACGGCAUCAAAGUCCGCACACAGUACGCCCCUUACAAUUCCCAUCGGCCGUCAGAAGUCGAUGUGGAUGUGGAAGGAGUCAAGUGGGCGAUGGAUCAGAUUCGGUGGUUCAUCAACAAAGGGGACGCCCUGUUCCCUGGGAAGCCCAUGGUAUCGACGUAUGAUUGCCAUUGGAGUAUGCGGGCUGCUCACUUUCCUGCUCAAAAUGGGACUGGGAGAGCUCCAGCACAGAAUCCGGGGUCGGUGUCGCAGCGAUUUGACAAACGGGGCGGUGGUAACAUCAUGCCUCCACCGCCGCCGCCGGAGGUCUUUAGAGAGGUGGUAUUUGUUGCGUCGAGUGCUGAUGAGCCACCGACGAGAUUUGCUGCUAUAAACAAAGGCCGAGACACAGUGGUCACGCUCAAGUGCAACUUGACCAAAAUCCCAGACACGAAUAGAAGUGAGUUUACAAAUAAGGAGGCUGGAAAGUUUUAUAAGUUCUGGGUCAAGGUGGAGAUUCACGUCACGGAGAAGUGUGAGGUUAAGAUCACGAGUGGCGGGAAGGUUUUGGCGAGCGCGGAGGUGCCGUUAGGGGAAUCUGAUAUCUCCGCGUGA